CGGGUAAUCAAAGCAUUGUAUGUCAGGCAGGCAGAUACUUUCCUGCUUGUUAAGCAGACAGCCAAUAGUCAACCACGCUCGACAUCAAACAGACUACCCCAAGAAACUUGCUCACGAUCACAAUCAUGAUUCUGUACAUCUCGCCGUGAAUCAGAUCACCAACUAGCAGACGUCGGGUUUGUGUUCGCAGCAAACACGCUUCCAUGACGACGUUAACUGCUGUUGUUGGUCGGAGGCCUCUCUGCUGCGGACGAGUGCGUGUUUGUUUGCGCGCGGGUAACCGUGUGUUUUAAUUUGAAAUUAAAAGGGCAUCAUUGUCUGUCAAACAGUUGAGGGGAACCGACAGAGAACAAGCAGGACAGGCAACUAACUGACGGCCACGACGCCGGGGAAAGGUCUAUAAAAGGCGACGUUGUAAACGCCUUGGAGUCCUGGAGAGCAUUCAUUCUCUCUUCCUCACCACAACCUAUCUACACAGAAACCAACACGUAGCAUCAAAAUCUACCAAUCCCACUAUCACUAUUAACUCAACUCGAUCUCUUGAUCCAUCAUCACAAUGUCUGGCAACUCGAAUCAGAUGACCAAGGACGCUGCUUCGCGCAUCCAGUCCUCUUCGGACAAGCCCUCCAAUCAAACGGGCGACAAGGGCGACGGCUUCUCCAGCCGUGCUCAAUCGGCCGCCGACAAGAACGCCAACGCUGCGGCGGCCGCUUCUGGCGGCGGCAACCACGGCAAAGUUUGGAAGAAGUAG